AUGCAAUACAGCACUCUUCUCCUCUCCGCUAUCGCAGCAUCCGGCUCCCUCGCCGCUCCAACAGCCAAAGAGAUCACCGACAGAGGCAUUCGCGUCGUCCUCCAAAAUCAAGCUAUCGAACUUGGUUCCACGACCAACUUCGCAGAGGACAAGCUCCCUCAGGCUGCGCGGCCUGUCGGCUCUACCGGACCUUUCCAGACUGUUGCUCUCAACCUCGACCCGAUCGUAGGCAACCAAGCUCUACGCUGCCAAAUCCUCGAUGCCCACCAGAACCCUAUCGUGGUCGUUCGUGGCGAGAACGUCGACAUCACAUUCGCAGACGGCGGCAACGGCCCCUGGACUUUCCGUGAUGGCGCAGCAAUGGUCGAUGCCAUUGUGUGCGACCCAAAAUUCGUCAAAGGCGUAGCACCGCCACUACCAGCACCGCAAACUCCAUCCAUUCGCAUUCAACUCUCCGAUGGCAACCUCGCUCGUCAGCUGCAGUUCGAAGAAGCCGGCCUCGUUCGUGAAGAACAGCCAUCUCCUGACCAGUCAAGUCCUUUCAAUGCCGUAUCUCUGACUUUGGACGAUGAUGUCGAGAAUCAAGGACUGAGAUGCCAAAUCUUGGACAAGAACAAUCAGCCAAUUACGCUCCAGAGGGGCGAGAACAUUGAUAUCACAUUCGCGGAUGGAGGAAAUGGCCCUUGGAGCUUUCUGUACCCACAGGAGAGCCAAGUCAGCAGGGUAGUUUGCGACCCGAAGUUUGCAGCUCUGGCUUGA